AUGUCCAGUCCACGUCAAGAGUCUCCCCCCCAAACGUACGGCUGGUUAAACGGCUGUCUACGUUGGCCUUCUCUCCUGACCUUCGCCAUCUUCGACAUCGCCCUCCUCGCAACUAUCCUUUCUCUUACCAUCGUGUCCUCAAAAAACAAUGGAUUUGCUACAAUCGCAUCCCACAACGUCACUUCGCCCGAGUCGACUGCCCAGUCGGGAAGUGACCCCAACGGCAUCAACAGUUUCUGGGACCUAGGUGUCCUCUGGACAGCACUCCCCAGUUUUGUAUUAUCACUCUUCGGCGCUUAUUGGGCCUGGAUAGCUGGCUCCACUGCAGAACGUCAGCCGUACGUCGAGCUACGCAAAGUAGAUGGCGCUGAGGCAAGAAAGUCAAUUCUACUGGACUAUCGUGUCACCGCCAGCAUCUGGCGUUGGUGGGGAGCCUUUCGAAAGUCGCAUUAUACCGUUGGAGCAACGACUCUACUCUCUGUAUUUCUGACCUACGCUGUCGCGCCCUUUGCUGCACGUCUGUUCGUGCCGGAGCUUGUGAUGCUCUCCGAGUCAGUUCCCAUCAUCUACAAUGAGGGAUACGACGUCGAAGGCAUCAACGCUACUAUUGACUGGCGACCUGUCCUGGAUACUGUCGCGGCCACGCUACUUUACCAGGGCAACAAGAUUCCCUGGACAGAUGAUGAGCGUGCUUUCCGCCCAUUUACCACUAGCUCCCAUCUUGUCAGCGGAUCGAAUUUGGAGGCAGACACCAUGGCAUACUCGGCCUAUCUGAACUGCGAAUUGGUAGAGGAUUACACGAUCACAUCCACUGACGCCUCGGGCGGCUCGGGGAAGAACAUCCAAAUAUCCGCAACGGAUAGAGGAUGCAGCUUCAAGCAGAAUUUCGGGGCCUCCAGCACGCAGGAUAUCUACUUCAAGACCACUGUGGAAUUUGGCUGCUCUGCCAAGGCGUAUUACAGCCGCCUGGUAUUUACAGCCGCGACAUACUCUGCUUCAGCACCUCACAAUCUUGACAAUGUCAACGUUAUCUCUUGCGCAACGGGCUAUCGUCAAGUCUCAGGGACUUUGAAAGUCUCGCCAUCAUCAAGUGGGCCCCCGGUCAUACAGUCCUUCGAUGAAACAGGCGAGCCAGAUACUGAGCGGCCAACACUGUGGAGAGUCUUCGAGCAAGACAUCUUUGGGCCGGUGUCGUUGAACCCACACACAAAGUGGUCUACCACGGAUAUGGGCAGUUUGAUAUUAUACUAUGCGCAGCGCUUACAGCCGUCGAAUUUUUUGACAUCUGAGGUGUUGACUGAGUCCAUAUCAAAAGUGUUCACGGCUAUUUACCUGAAUACUGUUGCAAUUCACGGCUUUGGGCCACUCUCAGAACCCGACAAGACAACCGGAACAGCUUUUAUCCCUACAACACGGCUCUUUGUCGUUCCUUGGGUUUCAUACAUCAUCCUCGCCUUUUUGAUCAUCACCCUAUGUUCCGUGGGGUUUCUGUUCUUCCGGCUGCAGGAUUGCCCAUCAAUCCUAACCGAGGAGCCUCAGGGCUUAUUAUCCAUGGCCGCAAUCCUCGACAAGAGUGAACUUGCAGGUAUUAUUUCCGAUAUACGUCGGGGAAUGGAGUUUGACGAUGGGAUACGAGAGAGAGGCAUGGCGCGUGUUGAAGUGAAGGACAGGAAGUGGCGAGCGGUCAAGGGUUCAAAAUCGAGUUCUUGGGUCGUCAGAUCUGUUCAAAACGGUGAAAUGGGGGCUGAAGAGCAUCUUCUGGGUUGA